AACCAGUAAAAAUAGAUAACAAAACCACACUAUUAUACUGUGAAACAUGUCAAAUUGAAAUGUACCAACAAAUAUCAGAUGAUAAUGCAUCAGAUAAAGAAAUCAUUCGAGAACAACUAAUAGACUCUGAAAGUCUUAUUAUAUGUAUAAGUUGUGGAACUGAAAAACUUAAACAACAAAUGAAAAACUGGAGAGGAUCAUUCUUCUGCAAAAUAGAAGAAAGAUUAGCGCACACUAUAGCAUUAGAAUUAAUAAACCCAAAUUAUACCUUUGAAGGAAGACUUGACAUUAGACAGAAUCAACAAGAAAAAGAACAUCAUAUAAUAAAAGAAAUACAACCAAACGAUGUAUUCUUAACACCAAACAAGAUAGUGCCACAACAAUUCAUAAAUGAAGAAAUAACAGAUGAAAUUGAUGAACAAUUAUUUGAACAACUAAUUUUUAAUGAAAUUGAACUCCAAAGGACAAUAGAUAGAAGCUUCAGAGAAGCUAAUCCAAAAAAUAAAACCUUCCACGAAUAUAAUAGAAAUUCUUUGAGCAAAUGA